AUGACACGAACAUGUCAUGCGACGAGGUUCUGGGAACCUCCGAUGGGGGGGGGGGAUGACAGCCAAGUAGAUAAUAAUUCAACUACGACUCUCACCCCUCACGCUGCGGCAAUAACAUACGACCAGUUUGGCGCGCUGCUUAAUUGUAAGUUAUCCAAGAUAAGUAUUGAUAUAGGAGACGACAUCACCCACCUUCGCGAAUGUCUCGACGUCUUGAACUCCAAACUGGCCGACUAUGAUCGGCGAAUUAAGUCACUUGAGUCCGUUGAAAAAGAAAAUAAUGUCCUUAAGGCCACCGUUGCCGAUCUGCAGUGUCGUCUAAACAGCUAA